AUGGUCAAGAAUAAUCAAAAUCUCUCAUCAAUCAAAGCUUGCUCCAAAGUUCAAAGACGAACAGCGGCGAAGCCACAGCCCUUUUGCGAACCCAUCAAAGCUGAAUAUCCCACCGAACAUCCGAACCCUACUGUGACUAAAAAACACAGUGAGACCCAAUGCCACCAGACGACAACUGAGCCUAACAGCUCAAACCUCACAUAUUCUCUGAGUAUCGAAAACCCGGCACUUGGAAAGAUCAAGAGGUUUAACCUCCUAUCCAAGUCGCCAACUGCUUCCAAAGCCCGGAUAACUUUACAGAAGUCCGGCACCUUCAUUCUAAAAUUCAGAUCGCCCGAGGAUGCUGCUGCUUUCAAAGCAGAGCUGUCUCAAUCGAAUAUGUUUGGCGAAGGCGGCCAUAAACUUGCCUCAGUAGCUGAGAAGGCCUCAGUCUUGGUCCUUAAAGGAAUCCCUCAUUGGAUCUCGACAGAGGAUCUUAACCUCCACUUGAGAGAAAGUCUAGAAUCGGAAUUCAAGUUCGAAAGAUUCUCUCGCAAUGGAACCGACAUGCCUGUCGGCAGACUCACGCUGGAUUCCAGAGCCGAGGCCAACACCCUCAUCCGCUUUGGAAUAACUGCGGGCUUCAGCCAUAUCCGCUGCGAAUGGCACAAGCCCUCAGCAACGAGAUGCUUCCGUUGCAAUCAGUUUGGACAUACGUCCUACAGAUGCUCGGAAAAACUCCGUUGUCUCCUCUGCGGGAAAGAACACAGGCACCAAAACUUAGAUAACCAAAACAAUUUUGCACACUGGAUUAAUUCAAAAAAGACUUUGAUAAAUUACCAAAAUAAUUAA